GUGAAAUCUCAAUGGGCGAACAACUUGUACUAUCCUUUUCAAUGUUGUAACAAACAAACACAAAAAAAAUCUUACCUUAUACAAUUGUGUAUUAGUAUAGUCACCAUGCUUGAAGCCCGCCUCCAACAAGCCAAGCUCUUGAAGACCCUUCUCGAAGCCGUCAAGGAACUUGUCAGCGAAUGUAACUUUGACUGUAAUGACACUGGCAUUUCGCUCCAGGCCAUGGACAACUCCCACGUUGCUCUUGUUGCCAUGUUGUUGCGAUCCGAUGGUUUCGAUCCCUAUCGCUGCGAUCGUAACCUCCCGCUUGGCGUGAACCUCACUAGCUUGAACAAGAUCUUGAAGUGUGCCAGAAAUGACGAUAUCUUGACUGUCAAAGCUGAUGACAACGGUGAUGUGCUGAGCUUGGUUUUCGAAAGCAAAGACAGCGACAAGAUCAGUGAGUACGACUUGAAGUUGAUGGACAUCGAUAGUGAACAUCUCGGUAUUCCCGACACACAAUACGAUGCUGUUGUCACCAUGUCGUCCGAUCGCUUCCAAGAAAUCGUUCGCGAUUUGCAGGUGAUCAGUGAUGCCGUGACCAUCGAGUGCACAAAGGAAGGCAUCAAAUUCGGCAACGAAGGUGAAGUUGGAAAGGGUAGUGUCACCUUGAAGGCAAACAGCAUGAUCGAUAAUGAGGACGAUGCCACUGUCAUUGAGCUUCAGCAAAGCGUAUCGAUGGCUUUCUCGAUCAAGUACCUCGUCAACUUCACCAAAGCAACUCCCCUUUCCAGCCGCGUUUCUCUCAGCAUGUCCAACGACGUGCCUCUUUUGGUGGAAUACAAGCUUGAUAACCUUGGCUAUGUCCGCUACUACUUGGCUCCCAAGAUUGGAGACGAAAACUAAAUAGUCCAUCCCUACACAUCGCAUAAUAUACUGACUGCAAGAAGAAAACAAGUCUUUCAUCGGCAACAAAUUGUACAUUUUCUCUAUCUCCCUCUCAUGCAAGGCCAAUGCUGCCCAUACACACACACCCUCCCUCUCACUCUCUCUCUCGUUCGUUCUAAUUCUUUCCCAUUUAACAGGAGCACAACACAAGAAUAAACUUUGCACACACGCUAC